GGGCGGCAGCAGCAUCGCUCACUCUCAAACUCAAACUCGAUCUCUCUCAGUAAAGUCACGCUGCUCAUGAUCAGGUGCGGGCGAUGCGAACUGUAGUUUUACUCCAUGAUUUCACCGAAGAUGGUCGCGACACACUCCUCCAGCCACCCGUCCUCUUCCGCGGAGUGGAUCAUCUGUCUGGAUAAGAGUCGAGAGGAGCGUUCGGGGGAGGAUGUGGACAUUAUCUUGGCCCGUCUGAAAAGCGUGAAGGCCUUUGAGAAGUUCCACCCUGCUCUCCUUCAGCAGAUCUGUCUGUGUGGCUUCUAUGAAUGUCUGGAGAAAGGCAUAACAUUAUACAGGCAGGGUGACAUCGGCACUAACUGGUACACUGUCCUGUCUGGUUCUCUGGAUGUCAAAGUCUCAGAAACAGCAAACCAUCAGGAUGCUGUCACCAUCUGUACAUUGGGCAUCGGCACAGCUUUCGGGGAGUCCAUUCUGGACAACACGCCACGGCACGCCACCAUUGUCACCCGGGAGUUCAGUGAACUACUGCGGAUUGAGCAGAGGGAGUUUAGGACCCUGUGGGAGAAUUAUCGUCAGUGUAUGGCUGGACUACUGGUCCCUCCCUAUGGUGUUAUGGAUAGUGUCCCAAAUGCUAACAGAAUGCCUGACAAAGAGAAUCUGAGCAACAGUUCACCCGGAUCAUCAUCCAAACACUUAAAUAAGAAAUUAUUAAUUCAAAGUCCCAUCAAACAUCACCCCAAAUCCAUUACUCAGGUGCCGUCAGAAAAGAUCCUACGGGCAGGUGAAGUGUUACGAAACACCAUUUUGUUCCGAGCACCUCAAAUGAUCAGAGACAGGAAGUAUCACCUAAAAACAUACAGGCGGUGCUGUAUGGGCACAGAGCUUGUUGAUUGGCUGUCACAGCACACUUCCUGUGUGCACUCUCGUGUUCAGGCUGUGGGGAUGUGGCAGGUGCUGCUGGAGGAGGGAGUCUUAAACCACGUGGACCAGAAGCUGAGUUUCCAAGAUAAGUAUCUGUUUUAUCGGUUCCUGGAUGAUGAGACAGAGGAGGCACCCCUCCCCAAUGAGGAAGAGCAGAAAGAGAGUGAUGAAGAACUGCAGGACACCCUCCUGCUCCUCUCUCAGAUUGGACCUGACGCCCAUCUAAGAAUGAUCCUGCGGAAACUGCCUGGCCAGAGGACAGGAGAUGACUUGGAGAUCAUUUACGAGGAGCUGCUGCAUAUUAAAGCCUUAUCACAUCUCUCCACCACUGUGAAGCGGGAACUAGCUGGUGUUCUGAUCUUUGAGUCGCACGCAAAAGCGGGCACAGUGUUGUUUAAUCAAGGGGAAGAGGGGACGUCAUGGUACAUCAUCCUGAAGGGCUCCGUUAACGUGGUGAUCUAUGGAAAGGGUGUAGUUUGUACGUUGCAUGAGGGAGAUGACUUCGGGAAGCUGGCUCUGGUGAAUGACGCUCCUCGAGCAGCGUCUAUCGUACUGAGAGAGGACAACUGCCACUUCCUGAGAGUGGACAAAGAAGACUUCAACAGAAUCCUCAGGGAUGUGGAGGCAAACACUGUCCGUCUGAAGGAACAUGAGGAGGAUGUGUUAGUUUUGGAGAGGAGUAACAACAGGAGCUCCAGUUCUUCUCCUCUCAAGUACACUGUGAUGUCAGGAACUCCAGAGAAGAUUCUGGAACAUCUUCUGGAGACAGUGAAACCUGACUCCCGAUUCACAGAGCCAGACCCUGCUCUGGAUGACUUCUUGCUUAUGCACUGUGUUUUUGUCCCGAACGGUCAGCUGUGUCCGCUGCUCGUGGCCCACUAUCAUGCGGAGGCGUCCCAGGGCAGUGAACAGGAGCGCAUGGAUUACACGCUCAAUAACAAGCGCAGGGUGAUUCGUCUGGUGUUACAGUGGGCCGCCAUCAACACGGACCAUCUGCAGGAGGAGGACAGCUCCUACAACUUCCUCCAGGAGUUCUAUGAGACCGUGUGUGAAGAUUCCCGACUCAUUCCAGCUCUCAAAGAUCAACUGCCUGAACUAGAGAAGAUCAUAAAGCAAAACUCCGAAGAUGGCCGGCCCUCUCAGAAAAAGCACAAAGUCCUUCUGCGUCAGUUCAGCCCCGGGAACGACACACUGCAGAAGAGACAGCCGAUCAAAAGCACAGACGAGAUUCUCUUCAAGGUUUACUGCAGUGAUCACACCUACUCCACUAUCAGAGUGUCUGUCGCUGCGUCUGUCAGAGAGGUCGUCUCCGCGGUUACCGACAAACUGGGGUCAGGAGAUGAUCUUCUGCUCAUCCACCUCAACUCCGCCGGAGAUAAAGAGCUUCUAAAGCCAUCUGACGUGUCCAUCUUCUCAACUCUGAGUAUUAAUGGCCGUUUGUUUGUCUGCUCGAGGGACCAGAUCGACACUUUGACUCCACUGCCGGAGCAGGAGGGCCCGUCCGCAGGGUCCAUGUCCACGUUUGAGCUCAUGAGCUCUAAAGAUCUGGCUCAUCACAUGACUCUCUAUGACUGGGAGCUCUUCGACUGUGUACAUGAGCAUGAGCUGAUCUACCACACGUUUGGCCGUCCGCAUUUCAAGAAGACGACGGCGAACCUGGAUCUGUUCCUGCGGAGGUUUAAUGAGGUGCAGCUCUGGGUGGUCACUGAGGUUUGCUUGUGUCCCACGCUCAGCAAACGCGUACAACUGCUCAAGAAGUUCAUCAAGAUCGCAGCACACUGUAAAGAGUUUAAGAAUCUGAACUCCUUCUUUGCCAUUAUCAUGGGCCUAGGAAACCCUGCAGUCUGUCGACUCAGUCAGACAUGGGAGAAACUGCCCAGCAAGUUCAAGAAGUUCUAUGGAGAGUUUGAGAACCUGAUGGAUCCCUCCAGAAAUCACCGAGCAUAUCGACUGACAAUGGCCAAGUUAGAGCCACCGAUCAUCCCUUUCAUGCCUUUGUUAAUUAAAGAUAUGACUUUCACGCACGAGGGCAACAAGACAUUUACCGACAGAUUGGUCAACUUCGAGAAGAUGAGAAUGAUUGCUAACACAGUCCGAAUCAUGAGAUACUGCCGAAGUCAGCCAUUCAAUCCAGAAGCGCCACAGGUGACGGGUAAAAGCCAUCAGGAUGUGCGUGGCUAUGUGCGUCACAUUGGUGUGAUUGACAACCAGCGCACGCUAUCCCAGCUGUCCCACCGGAUCGAGCCGCGCCGGUCCUGAUGCUUCAGUGCUGCUUUCCCUCUGCCAGUGAAUAAGCUAUAGCUGUAUAUGAGCGUAUAUCCGGUCAAACACGUCUCGGCUCAAGGGCUUUCCGUUCUCUGGCUGGUGGUGUGGAAGCGUGGCUUGGUUUCAGUGUGCAGGGGGUUUGGACCUC